AGCCUGUGGGCCGAAGCUCACCAACUCUCCCACGGUCAUUGUCAUGGUGGGCCUCCCCGCCCGGGGCAAGACCUACAUCUCCAAGAAGCUGACUCGCUACCUCAACUGGAUUGGCGUCCCAACCAAAGUGUUCAACGUCGGGGAGUACCGCCGGGAAGCCGUGAGGCAGUUCAGCUCCUACAACUUCUUCCGCCCCGACAAUGAGGAGGCCAUGAAAGUCCGGAAGCAGUGUGCCUUAGCUGCCCUGAGAGACGUCAAAAGCUACCUGGCCAAGGAAGGCGGGCAGAUUGCAGUCUUCGAUGCUACCAAUACUACUAGAGAGAGGAGACACAUGAUCCUCCAUUUUGCCAAAGAAAAUGACUUCAAGGCGUUCUUCAUCGAGUCCGUGUGCGAUGAUCCCACGGUUGUGGCGUCUAACAUCAUGGAAGUCAAAAUCUCCAGCCCGGAUUACAAAGAUUGCAACUCGGCAGAAGCCAUGGACGACUUCAUGAAGCGGAUCGGCUGCUACGAGGCCAGCUACCAGCCCCUGGACCCCGACAAGUGCGACAGGGACCUGUCGCUGAUCAAGGUGAUUGACGUGGGCCGCCGCUUCCUGGUGAACCGGGUCCAGGACCACAUCCAGAGCCGCAUCGUGUACUACCUGAUGAACAUCCACGUGCAGCCGCGCACCAUCUACCUGUGCCGGCACGGCGAGAACGAGUACAACCUGCAGGGCCGCGUGGGCGGCGACUCGGGCCUGUCCAGCCGCGGCAAGAAGUUUGCCGGUGCGCUGAGCAAGUUCGUGGAGGAGCAGAACCUGAAGGGGCUGCGGGUGUGGACCAGCCAGCUGCGGAGCACGAUCCAGACGGCCGAGGCACUGCGGCUGCCCUACGAGCAGUGGAAGGCGCUCAACGAGAUUGACGCCGGUGUCUGCGAGGAGCUGACCUAUGAGGAGAUCAGGGACACCUACCCCGAGGAAUACGCGCUGCGUGAGCAGGACAAGUACUACUACCGCUACCCCACGGGGGAGUCCUACCAGGACCUGGUCCAGCGCCUGGAGCCCGUGAUCAUGGAGCUGGAACGGCAGGAGAACGUGCUAGUCAUCUGCCACCAGGCCGUCCUGCGCUGCCUACUGGCUUACUUCCUGGAUAAGAGCGCAGAGGAGAUGCCCUACCUGAAGUGCCCCCUCCACACCGUCCUGAAGCUGACGCCCGUCGCUUACGGCUGCCGAGUGGAGUCCAUCUACCUGAAUGUGGAGUCUGUCAGCACACACCGGGAGAGGUCCGAGGACGCGAAGAAGGGGCCCAACCCACUCAUGAGACGCAACAGCGUCACCCCGCUAGCCAGCCCCGAGCCCUCCAAAAAGCCACGCAUCGACGGCUUUGAGGAGCACGUGGCUUCCACCUCGGCCGCCCUGCCCCGCUGUCUGCCCCCGGAGGCGCCCACGCAGCUGCCUGGACAACACGUGAAAGGCUCCCGGAGCGGCGCCGACCCCUCCAGGAAGCACUGAAGGUGACACGCCGCUUCUACUCCGUUUCCACUGCCGCAGCUUCGCUUGUGCCCUGCCGUCCGCCCAAGGCGAAGCCGGCCCCCUGGACUUCCUCUGGAGCAGGGCUGGG